AGAUUUCCUUCCUAUCGAUCAAGAAAAAUUUCCAGCUCGAUUUUUUAUUUUUUUUUAUCGGUCAAUUGAUACCAUUUGAAAAUUGAUCCAUUGAGGUCCAACACCCACCCACUACAACAAAAAACUCCCCCAUCCUGACGACCUCGUACGUCUGAUCAAGUCGGUCGCUCAAAUAAAAACCUGCGCGUGUUUCCUCGAGAACGCCAAGAGACAAGAUGGGGUCGACGAAGCCAGAGAAGGAGAAGAAGGAAAAGAAGGACAAGAAGCGCAGCGAGGCCGACGGCGUGACGAAGUCUAAGAAAGACAAGAAGGACAAGAAAGAUAAGAAGGAGAAGCUUAAGACUGUCGUCAAUGCUGCCCUCGACGACCAAUUAGAAGUUGACACCUCGGCGUCUGUCACCGUCGUGAAGGAUGGCGAGGAGAAGGUUGCUAAGGUCCUGGUUCCCGUAGUGGGUGCUUUGGUACCCUUUGCGAAGCCAUUGGCGGACGAGAAGGGCACCAAGAAGAUUAUGAAGACCGUGCGGAAGGCUGCGAAGCACAAGACCCUUAAGCGUGGCGUGAAGGAAGUCGUCAAGUCGCUACGCAAGUCGCCCGCCAGCGGACCGGGCAACACCUCGUUCCCGGGCGUCGUAAUCCUAGCCGGCGACAUCAGCCCUAUGGAUGUUAUUAGCCAUAUCCCCGUGCUAUGCGAGGACGUCAACGUGCCGUAUAUCUUCGUCACGUCGCGUGCCGAGCUAGGCGCCGCCGGCAGCACCAAGCGACCCACCAGUGUUGUCAUGGUCACCGAGAAGCGGACCGGAGGCAAGAAGGACAAGGCGGACGAGAAGAUAGCCGAGGAGGAUGGUGAGGACUUCGCCGCGGCGUACAAGGACCUGGUCAAGCUGGUCGAGAAGGAGAGCAAGCAACUCAAGUUCACGUAGGCUUUACUUUAUUGCGGUCAUUAUCUCUGGGUAUUUGUAUGAGAGAUCACCAUUCGACGUGGCCAUUUUAUUAGCUAGCCUAGGAAUAUCGGCUUUGGUGGUCCCUAGUCGCGGGCGUUGUUCGCUGUCCUUUCAAGCAUCCAAGGGCAUCUUCGGAUCAAAAUGUACGUACUGUUUCGGUUGGCUACGUAGGCGUAGCCUCUGGCGUUGGGGGAAACACUUCAUAUUUGCGUUGGCGGAUCAAUUAAUAUUGGUUCAAAUGAAACUGGCGUGUUACUCGAGUUUGCAGUUCACGAGUUGAA